AUGCUGCAGCUGCUAUUCGCGGUGGCUUUCUCGGCGGUGCCUUUGACCCUCUACGUGCCGCCGAUCCGAAGCAUCAACCUGUUCGUGGAGACAAUCGAAUACUUUCUCCGCAACACCGCCGUCUACAGCAUCAGACUCUACCCUCGCCUCCGGCACGCCUUCUCUCGUCUCCUCAACUCCUUCCUCCACUUCUCCAGGUAG